UCGGUUUUCCAGAGCGGUAAACGGAUCUCUCUCACACACACACACGCACAGUGGGCUCUCUUGAUAAAUCACAUUUCCCACAAACCCUAGCAGUCACUUUCCUCUCUCUAAAACGCCUCUCUCUCUCUAACCAAAAAUGGCUUCUCGGAGGCUCCUCGCCUCUCUCCUCCGUUCAUCCCGAUCCUCACUCUCCAACUCCAUAGCCUCACGCGCUCCACGCGCCCCCACACGCGCUCCACGCGCCCCCACACGCGCCUCCCCUACAGGCUUCCUCCUAAACCGGGCCGUAACUUACGCCACCUCCGCCGCAUCAGCUAAGCCGGCGCCGUCAACGCCGCCGCCGCCGCCGAAGACCGGGGAGCCGAGCGGCAAAAUAACGGAUGAGUUUACAGGUGAAGGGUCGAUAGGGAAAGUGUGUCAGGUUAUUGGUGCGGUUGUUGAUGUGAGAUUCGAUGAAGGAUUGCCGCCAAUAUUGACGGCGUUAGAAGUGAUGGAUAAUCAGAUCAGGCUUGUACUUGAAGUUGCACAGCAUUUAGGGGAAAAUAUGGUUAGGACUAUUGCUAUGGACGGUACUGAAGGACUUGUUCGUGGUCAACGUGUGCUUAAUACUGGUUCUCCUAUUACUGUUCCUGUCGGUAGAUCCACACUUGGCCGUAUCAUGAAUGUCAUUGGAGAGGCAAUUGAUGAGAGAGGCCCAAUUACAACCGAUCACUUUUUGCCAAUCCAUCGUGAAGCUCCUUCCUUUGUUGAGCAAGCCACUGAACAACAAAUUCUUGUCACUGGUAUUAAGGUUGUUGAUCUUCUUGCUCCAUACCAAAGAGGAGGAAAAAUUGGGCUGUUUGGUGGUGCUGGUGUCGGGAAAACUGUGCUUAUUAUGGAACUGAUUAACAAUGUCGCAAAAGCACAUGGUGGUUUCUCUGUCUUUGCCGGUGUUGGUGAACGCACUCGAGAGGGUAAUGAUUUGUACCGAGAAAUGAUUGAAAGUGGUGUCAUCAAGCUAGGCGAGAAGCAAAGUGAAAGCAAGUGUGCCCUUGUAUAUGGUCAAAUGAAUGAGCCCCCUGGUGCUCGUGCACGUGUUGGACUUACAGGUUUGACCGUGGCUGAGCACUUCCGAGAUGCCGAGGGGCAGGAUGUGCUUCUCUUUAUUGACAAUAUUUUCAGGUUUACUCAGGCUAACUCAGAAGUGUCUGCUUUGCUUGGUCGUAUCCCAUCUGCUGUUGGUUAUCAACCAACUUUGGCUACGGAUCUUGGAGGUCUUCAAGAACGUAUCACCACCACCAAGAAAGGUUCUAUUACAUCCGUCCAAGCUAUUUAUGUGCCUGCUGAUGACUUGACAGAUCCAGCUCCUGCUACAACCUUUGCUCACUUGGAUGCCACAACUGUCUUGUCCCGUCAGAUUUCUGAGCUUGGUAUCUACCCUGCUGUCGAUCCACUUGAUUCUACAUCCCGUAUGCUCUCACCUCACAUUUUGGGAGAGGAUCACUACAAUACUGCUCGUGGGGUACAGAAGGUUCUUCAAAACUACAAGAAUCUUCAAGAUAUUAUUGCCAUUUUGGGUAUGGAUGAGCUUAGUGAAGAUGAUAAGAUGACUGUUGCCCGGGCACGUAAAAUCCAAAGGUUCCUUAGCCAGCCUUUCCAUGUCGCUGAAGUUUUCACGGGUGCCCCUGGAAAGUAUGUUGACUUGAAGGAGAGCAUUAACAGUUUCCAGGGAGUGUUGGAUGGCAAAUAUGAUGACCUUUCAGAGCAAUCGUUUUAUAUGGUUGGUGGUAUCGACGAGGUCAUUGCCAAGGCAGAGAAGAUUGCCAAGGAAUCCGCAGCCUAGAUAGAUUAUAAACAUCAGUGACUUUCUUUUGUUCUCUUCGCCAAAAUAAUUUAGUCUGACGUUUUGGAUUCUUUUUGGGAGGACCAAGGGGUCCAGAAUUCUGGUUUUUGCCUUAUAUCCAAUGCGGGAUUGUUAUAGAGAGACAUGCUGCGGCCAAGGACGUUGUCGCCAAGCCCCCUGCUCCGUUAUGUCACAUAAUAAGGGGGGUAAAAGUGGCGAACUUGUAUAUUUUACUUUCUUGUCUUUUUUUGAGAAUUUUUUGAUGCCCCAAUUAUCAAAUGUCUUCUGAAUUGCGUUCUUUUCCAAAUAUGAGUUCACUGCA